ACGGCGGGCGCGUUACGCUUUACGGCAGCAAGCUACGACGAUUCGGAAGUGUCUUGCAUUACGUCGGCGAGGCGGUGUGGUAAGAAUGGACGUCGGGGAGCUGCUUCGGUAUCAGCCAGACAGAGGGACGAAACGAGGGCGCGAUGAUGACCCAGAAGAGGUGAAAGCGGAAAGGCCAAAGAAGGAACGAGGAGGGAGCAGAAACUGGCGCCGCGAGGAAAAAGAGGAAAAAGUAGCGCUGGACGACGCGGCUGGAGAUGGUGAUGAAGACGAUGAGGAGGUGGAGCCUCUGGAUGAAGGAGCAGUGAAAAGGAUGAUCCUCACGUUUGAGAAGAGAUCCUACAAAAACCAGGAACUGCGGAUCAAAUUCCCUGACAACCCCGAGAAGUUCAUGGAGUCCGAGCUGGACCUGAAUGACAUCAUACAGGAGAUGCACGUGAUCGCCACCAUACCUGACCAAUACCACCUGCUGGUGGAGCUCAACGCUGUGCAGUCACUUCUGGGCCUCUUGGGGCAUGAAAAUACUGAUGUAUGUAUAGCUGUGGUUGAUCUGCUGCAGGAACUCACAGAUAUAGAUACGUUGCAUGAGAGUGAGGAGGGAGCCCAGGUCCUUAUAGAUGCCUUGGUCGAGGGACAGAUUGUGGCGCUCUUGGUGCAGAAUCUGGAGCGUCUGGAUGAGUCUGUUAAGGAAGAAGCAGAUGGUGUACACAAUACUUUGGCGAUCAUUGAGAACAUGACUGAAUUUCGUCCUGAGAUAUGUUCCGAGGCUGCUCAGCAAGGUCUCCUCCAGUGGCUUCUUAAGAGGUUGAAGGCUAAAAUGCCGUUUGAUGCCAACAAGUUGUACUGCAGUGAGAUCCUGGCCAUCCUUCUACAGAACAAUGAUGACACUCGGGAACUCCUCGGAGAACGAGACGGAAUAGAUGUGCUGCUUCAGCAGUUAUCGGUGUUUAAGCGCCAUGAUCCCAGCACGGCAGAGGAGCAGGAGAUGAUGGAAAAUCUGUUUGAUGCCCUGUGCUCGUGUCUGAUGCUCAGCAGCAACCGGGAACGGUUCUUAAAAGGAGAAGGCUUGCAGCUCAUGAAUUUAAUGCUCAGAGAAAAGAAGAUGUCUCGCUGCAGUGCCCUCAAGGUACUAGAUCAUGCCAUGAUUGGCCCCGAGGGGACCGAUAACUGCCACAAAUUUGUGGACAUCCUUGGCCUGCGGACGAUCUUCCCGCUUUUCAUGAAAUCCCCCAAAAAGAUGAAGAAGUCCGGUGUCUCUGAGAAGGAGCACGAGGAGCACGUCUGCUCCAUCCUGGCCUCUCUACUGCGGAAUCUGAGGGGACAGCAGAGAACACGUCUUAUCAACAAGUUCACAGAGAACGACAGUGAGAAGGUGGACCGUCUCAUGGAGCUUUACUUCAAGUAUCUGGAUGCUGUGCGGGCGGCCGACAAGAGAAUAGAGGGAGAGAAACAUGAUAUGGUGAAACGUGGCGAGAUUUUGGAUGAUGAUCUCGAAGAGGAGUUCUACCUCCGCAGACUCGACGCUGGACUUUUCUUGCUGCAGCUGCUGUGCUAUAUCAUAGCGGAGCUUUGCAACGCAAGCGUACCACAGGUCCGUCAACGAGUGAUGCAAAUUUUAAGUAUGAGAGGCAGCUCUAUCAAGAUUCUGAGGCACGUUCUGAAAGAAUAUUCUGAGAGCAUCGGCGACGGGAAGAAUGCAGAGUUCCGGGAGAGCGAGCAGAAGCGGAUCCUGGAGCUGAUGGAGACUUUGUAGAAUAUUCCCCCAAACACAAGUUCAUAGCAUCGGAGCGCGACCCUGCUGUGUACGGCAAGUGGCACUGCGCCAUAAGACUGUGAAAUUACAGAUAAACAAUAAUGUUCCCCCGUAAAGCCAACACGGAAUGGAUAGAACCAAUACUUCCUACACCUAAUGCACCGUAAGACCAUCACGUGAUGGAUAUACCCCGUACUGCACCAGGAAGCCAUUGUGUGGCCGAUAUAAUGGGUAGUGCGCCAUACCUUUGUAUAUAAUUUGUUUUCCAUGUGUUUGCAUAUUUGUGGUCACUUAACAUCUUUAUUCCGGACUUCUUGUAUGGGUAUUUUUUUUUUAAAUAUAAAGUUCAUACAAAGUC